AUGGACUGGUCCCUCCUAAGCCUUGCCCGUGGUGGCCUAGCAAUCCUCCUCUCCCUCCUCCUAAUAUUAUACUGGUACAUCCGGAUACCAAACGACAUGCCAAAAAACAUCCCAACAGUCCCAAUCUACAUCUCAAUAAUGGGACUAUGGAGCGACAUGGGCCAAGACGACAUCUACGACAAAUGGCUGCGUCCAAAGCUAGAAAAAUACGGCGCGGUGAAGAUCUGGUUCGCUGGACGGUGGAAUGUCCUCGCCACCAGACCCAAGUUACUGGUCGACAUGUUCCGGCACGAAGACGUGUAUGCAAAGGCAGGGUCCCAAAAGAAGAUUCCCUGGAGUGUGAUUGCUUCGCUGGUUGGGGAUAAUAUCAUCAAUGCGCAUGGGGAGAAUUGGAAAUUGUAUACUUCGAUUAUGAAGCCCGGGUUGCAGAGGCGGAUUACGGACUCGGGGCCCUUGCUGAUGAAGUCGCGUCGGUUUGUGGAUGUUCUUAUUGAAGAGCAGGGGAAAUUGGGUGAAGGAGGAAUAAUGGUCAAUCCAAUUAUUCAACGCUGGGCGUUGAGUUGCAUGGGGAUCAGUUUUAUGAAUGUUGAUUUAGAGUGCCUCGAAAAACCCAAUCAACGCCUCGAACAACUCCAAACAAUCAUCAAAAAGACCCUCUUCAAACCACUCUUCUUCAACUUCCCCGAUCUAGACCGCUACCCAACCCUCUUCCCCCAACGCGCAACAGCCUUCACAAUAAUGCAAGAAUUCGGCGACCUCCUCGUCGAAACAGUCCGCCAACGAGUCCAAACCACCGACGCCGACGGGCUCCAAGUAGUCGACGGACUCGACAAAGCCCUCUCAACAGGAACAAUCAGCACAGAGCAAUACCGCGCAAACCUAAAAGUAACCUUCCUAACCGCCCACGAAAACGCCCAACAACUCCUAAACAGCGCAAUCUGGGUCCUAGGUUCCAACACCUCUAUCCAAGACACCCUCCGCACGGAAAUACUAUCACUAGCAACGGCCAACCCAACAACAGACCAACUAAACAGCCUCCCUUACCUCUACGCCGUCAUUCUCGAACUCCUUCGCCUCUACCCGCCCGUUUCACAGCUCAUAAACCGCGUCACGACAUCUUCUGCCGUUCUGGGCGGCGAAAUCGCUAUCCCGGAUCAUACGUGGGUGGGAUGGAAUGCGUAUGGGGUACACACGGACCCGAACGUAUGGGGUAGUGAUGCGAGGAUCUUCCGGCCUGAACGGUGGGGGGACGAUGUGAAGGGGAUUCAUAACGCAGUGCGGAGUAAAACGGUGCAGUGUCAUUUUAUUGCAUUUAAUGCGCAUUCGAGGAAGUGUUUGGGGCAGGGGUUUGCUGUGUUGCAGAUGAAGGUUUGUUUGUUUGAGAUGGUUAGACGGAUUGUUUGGGUUGUUGAUCCUGGGUAUGAGUUGAAAUUGACUUCGGGCGGGAUUAUGGCUCCUUUGGGGUUGAGGGCUAUUGUGAAGGAGAGGGUGGGUGAGAUGGAGACAGAAAAGGAGGGAGAGCAGGGGUAG